AUGCACUUUGCAGCAAAAACUCAUGUUGAUGACUCAUUUGGGAACAGCUUUGAGCUUACCAAGAACAAUAUCUACGGAAAUCAUGUCUUGCUUGAAGCUUGCAAAGUCACUGGCCAAAUCAGGAGGUUCAUCCAUGUCAGCACAGAUGAGGUUUAUGGGGAGACAGAAGAGGAUGCUGUUGUUGGAAACCAUGAGGCUUCCCAACUUCUGCCAACAAAUCCAUACUCUUCAACAAAAGCUGGUGCUGAAAUGCUUGUAAUGGCAUUUGGUAGGUCGUAUGGAUUACCUGUGAUUACAACCCGUGGAAACAAUGUUUACGGUCCCAACCAGUUCCCUGAAAAAUUAAUCCCAAAGUUUAUUCUCUUAGCAAUGAGAGGGAAGACUCUUCCAAAUCAUGGGGAUGGGUCUAACGUCAGGAUGUGGCUGAGGCAUUUGAAGUCAUUCUUCACAAGGGUGAAGUUGGCCAUGUUUAUAAUAUUGGAACAAAGGGGAGAGUGA